UUCCCCCCAGGAGCAGCAUGGGGUGUGCUGCGCUGUAGUCCCCAGCCCGGGACCCAGAAUGCGAGAGUGGUGGAUCCAGGUGGGCCUGUUGACCGUUCCCCUCCUCGCCGUCUACCUGCACAUCCCGCCUCCCAAGCUGUCUCCGGCUCUCCAGUCAUGGAGGUCAGCGGGAAGGUAUUUCACUUACAAAAAACAGAGCAUCUUUUACAGAGAUUCCUCGGGAGCCGUCGGCAGCUCAGACAUCGUGGUUCUCUUGCACGGCUUUCCCACCUCCAGUUAUGACUGGUACAAGAUCUGGGAAGGGCUGACCGAGCGAUUUCACAGAGUGAUUGCGCUCGAUUUUGUCGGCUUUGGCUUCAGCGACAAACCUAGGCCUCAUCGCUACUCCAUCUUUGAGCAGGCCAGCAUCGUGGAGGGGUUGCUGAGUCACCUGGGCCUCCGGAAUCAGCGGGUCAACCUUCUGUCUCAUGACUAUGGGGACACCGUGGCUCAGGAGCUCCUUCACAGGUAUGAGCACAACAAAACAGGGAGUGUUUUCAUCAACAGUCUGUGCUUGUCAAAUGGAGGAAUUUUCCCAGAAACUCACUAUCCCAGGUUUAUCCAAAAGAUUCUCAAAGAUGGCGGCCUUCUCACCCCCAUCAUUACCCGGUUAGCAAACUACUACUUCUUUGCGAGCGGACUUGCGGCAGUUUUCGGCCCUUACACCCAGCCUUCAGAAGCUGAGUACUGGGACAUGUGGACCGCAGUUCGAACAAAUGACGGGAACCUUGUGUUAGACAGUAUUUUACAGUUCAUCAACCAACGGAAGCAGCACCGGGAGCGCUGGGUUGGGGCCCUGAAAUCCACCUCUGUUCCCUUGCAUCUGAUUUAUGGGCCUCUGGACCCUGUGAAUCCGCACCCCGAGUUCCUUCAGCUCUACAAGAAAGUGCUUCCGGCGUCGACCGUGUCUGUGCUGGACGACCACAUCAGCCACUAUCCCCAGCUGGAAGACCCCCUGGGUUUCUUGAACGCCUACUUGAGCUUUAUCAACUCGUUCUGAACCGGAGACUCGUUUCU